CCUUUGAUAUGUUAUAUGCAUCUCAGUGUACAAGACAAAAGCCACAUGUCAUGUUUGUCCAGGCAGUUUGCUCCUGACACGUUACAGCGCAAACAAUCAGAGUCGGGUCCAAAACCUCACAUUGCUGUCAUCGGUGCUGGCCUCGCCGGUCUGCGCUGCGCUGAUAUCCUAAUUCAACAUGGUCUGCUAGUGACCAUUAUCGAAGGCCGAGAACGACUUGGAGGACGUAUGUUCCAGGAAACACUACCCAAUGGCCACACUGUAGACCUCGGUCCCAACUGGAUCCACGGCACGGACGACAAUCCCAUCAAUGACUUGGCCAAAGAGACUGGAACUGCCGUGGGCAGCUGGGAUCACCGUUCGUAUGUGUUUGAUGAUUCAGGGAACUUGUUUAAGCUGGAUGAGAGCGAAGUCUACUCGAGUUUGAUGUGGGACAUUGUUCAGGACGCCUUUCAACACUCGAACAAGAACACGGCCAACAUACACCCCGAUGAGAGUCUCUGGGACUUCUUCCAAGAAAGAGUAGUCGAAAAAAUCCCCGAAUGUGAGGAGAAUUUCGCUGAAAAGCGAAAAACCGUUCUCCAGAUUGCAGAGCUCUGGGGCGCUUUCUCUGGCAGUCCAAUUACAACCCAAAGUCUCAAGUUCUUUUGGCUUGAGGAAUGCAUAGAUGGAGAAAAUCUGUUCUGCGCCGGUACCUACGAAAAGAUUUUCGAGCGAGUUGCAGAGCCCGUGAGGCACAAUGCCGAUGUCAAGUACGAUACUAUCGUUACCAAGGUGGAGCUCAAAACAUCGGAGCGUCCGAAGCCGAGGGUUCACACCAACACUGGUGAGGUCUUGGAGUUUGACGACGUCGUCAUGACGGCACCCCUGGGCUGGCUGAAGAAAAACCUUGAAGCAUUCGAACCGCCGUUGCCUGAGAGACUCGAGCGUGGAAUCCAGGCCAUCGGUUAUGGAUGCUUGGAAAAGGUAUACAUCAGCUUUCCCAAAGCGUUUUGGCUUGAGCCCGACGCAGAGGGUCGCGUGGUGCAGGGCUUCUGUCAAUGGCUUGCGCCAACGUAUACGCAAGAGACCAACCCGAAGAGAUGGAACCAGGAGAUUGUUGAUCUUGCCUCGAUAGGCGAGCAUUCGCACCCGACGCUCUUGUUCUACAUUUUCGGAGAGGAGUCCAAGUUCAUUACGGAAGGAGUGUCGAGGUUGAAAACGAUACCAGAGAGAAACUAUUUCUUGUACGACUUCUUUAAGCCUUAUUACUCCCGCCUACCACACUACGACGAGAAUUCGCCCGAUUGCAAGCCGACGGGAAGUCUGUCGACGGACUGGCUGCGAGACGAUCUGGCCGGCAAUGGCAGCUACAGCAAUUUCCCAACGGGACUGUUGGAGGGCGACAAGGACAUUGAAGCGAUGCGGGAAGGCGUACCGGAAGGCGGUCUAUGGCUGGCGGGCGAACACACGGCGCCGUUCGUGGCGCUAGGGACGGCGACGGGAGCCUACUGGAGCGGUGAGAGUGUCGGCCGAAGGGUUGCCGAGGCCCACGGGCGGGCGAGCAGCAAGACGCCAGGGGAAGACCAGUAG